AUGCCGAAAAGACAAGAAUUUGUUCUUAAAAAACGUGAGAUGAGCUACCCUGCAACUGAAAACAACAUCCUUGUUUUCACUCAAACAAGCCAAGAAGGUCACCUGUUGCAAGACAAACUAAUCGCCACCAACAUAAAAGUACAAAUGGAUAACCCAUGCAACCACAUACGAUUGCAAGAAGAGAUGUCGAUGGGUGACGACGACAUCCAUAAAAUCAUGCCUGUCACCACAGAUUUGGUCUGUCUGCAAACCAGGUCUCAAAUCAAAUCCUUGAACCCAAAGACAACACAACUUGCAUCAAUUGAAUGGCUAUAUGAUGUCCCUCUCAGCAAUUGUGAAACAACAUUUGGAGGGGAAUGGAAAACACUUUGCAAUAUAUGUCCUCACCUUGUAUCUGAUGGAACCUGGUUUGAUAGAUUCGUGUACUGGCGUGUAGACAAACUAUCCUCUGAAAUAGCAACAUCUCAAGAGUUGCUGGUCGUGUUUGACUACCACACUCAACAAUUCCAUACCAUAAACUGCCCUCCAUCUCCAAUCUUCUUUAACCCCACUGAUCCUUAUCAUAUGAAUCUCCAAGUGAAAAUAUUAGACUUCCAGGGGACUUUGUGUGUAAUAGAUGAGUAUCACAUUACUCAGAAUCAUCAUUGUCACAUGUGGGCAUGGGAUCCAGAUACUUCCACAAGGGAUUGCAUGUUCGAGACCCAUGAAUUCCCAAAUGUGAACACACACGUUCCACACGGAUUACAGUUCCGUCAUGAUUGGCUUUAUCCAGUGUUUCUAAGCCACAAAUCAUCUCCAGCGGGACAAUUCAUUGUCAAAGGAUACGAUAAUCGACAUUUGCUGUUGCAUAGUGUUCCUACCAGGAAAAUCACACACUCAAGUACAUCGCCUGAUCUAGAAACCAGUUUUAUCACUACAACAUGUUACUUCUGGGAGACAUUAACACACUUUUAG